CAACCUCUUUUAGAUGUAACACACGAGGCAAGCAUCGGUACAUCCUGGCGUGCCUGACUACGUUCGAACGCCAGCACGUUGGGCCACGAGGAGCACGCGGUUUUGAGGAUAUACACUUCGUUCGCUACAAGAACGCGUUGCGGAGUUGCGCACUCUCGGUGAAUCAUGGCCAAGCAUUUUGUCACGUUGUUGUGGUUGUCGGCGUUGACCGCGACCCUGGCCUUGCCGACCAGUGAGAAGACCGGCGCAAGUGAGAACGACCUGAUGACGAACAUAUACACCGACUGUCUGAAAAAGGAGUCAAUCAGCUGCAUCAAAUACAAAGUAUUCACGUUCGUCGAUAAGAUGUUGUCCGACAAGGAGGACAUCACGCUAUCCGAGGGCAUCACGGUCGUGAAGACGACGAAUACCGAGGGCGAGGGUGCACCAAGAUCUAUCGAGUCUAGCGAUUUCGAAACGCUUUUAUUCGAUCGUCUCGGAAGGUUCCUCAGAACCCACUCGGUUAAGGUUGAUUUGAAGGGCAGCGACAUUUUGGGAGCGCUCGAGUCCGUCGGCCGCAGUUUCGACGAUUUCAGCGACAACGCUGUCGAGAGUCGAGGAAAGAAGAAGAAGGCGCAGAAAAUUCUUGGACCUCUGAUGAUGGCAAUGGCCUUGAAGGCGGCCGCUUUGCUGCCGCUGGCACUCGGCGCGAUCGCGCUGAUCGCCGGCAAGGCUCUGCUCAUAGGCAAGAUCGCCCUCGUGAUCUCCGCCAUAAUCGGACUGAAGAAACUUCUCUCUCAUCAGAAGCACGUGACUUACGAGGUAGUUCAGCAUCCGCAUCACAGCAGCAGUCACGUCGUCACCCACGACGACGGUCACAGCGGCGGCGGCGGUUACGGCGGCGGCGGCGGCGACUUCGGCGGCGGUUACGGAAGCAGCGGACACGGAUGGGCCAGGAGUUUACCGCAGGACGCCCACGAAAUCGCGUACCGCGCCCACCAGCCCCAAGCACAGGCUUAAUCGUAGAAAGUUUUCGCACCUCUCGUCUCUUUUCGUUUCCCUCGAACGAUCAUUCUCUUCCCUUUCGUUGCACUCGCGUCUGCCUCACUUAAUACGUCCUUUGAUUGUCUCUUUCUUUUUUUCCUUUCUCAUCUAACUUCCUACUGUGUGUACGUAAUUCAUUCUAUCCAAAAACAAAAACAAAAACUCUUCAUAGCUCCUACUGAUUCCUAUUCCAUGUGAUCUUAUAUCCUUAAACAUCUACGUUCUAAGUUUUUUCCAUUUUUUUUUUUUUAUUAUUAUUAUCUUUCUUCCCUCUUUUUUUAGUUAACUCUACACACGAAGGUCGAUUUAUUUCACGGCCAGUCACCAGUACCUCUGGGAGAUGCUCAUUGUUUUAUACAUGUAGAUGUAUGCGAGUUACGUUAUUUAUUCGUUGUAUCUUUAUAUUAUUAAUAUUUAUUUAAUGUUCGACUGUGUGCUUCCAUUAUGACACCUCCUGUUUUUUUUUUCUAAUAAAAAGACGAAAAAUGUGA